ACAAUCAUUGCGGAAUUAACUAGUGACGAAUUUCCGGGCAAGGGGGAUCCAUUUUUUAAAAACUAUUCCUUCCUGUCCCCCCUUGCCUUGCAAGUGUAUACUCGUCAGACGUCAUCAGGAGUGUCCACUUAAUUUGAGGGCUGAGGGGAUACCUUUAGUUUUCUUAUUUAAUCCCCCCAGGUUCCAGCUGGUGGAGGUAAUGCAACCAUUAACAUUGGCUGCCAGCCGCCGUUAAGCCCCAUAGUAGAAGAAGAAUAAACCCCCCGGUCACAUGACGUGGAGGUCUCCGGUCCGACCGACGAGAAAGUGGCGGAAUUUAAGGCGCUACGGAGCAUGGUAUCCAGUUUCAGAGUGUCGUAGCUACAAGUGUUAAAAAACACGAGCGGUCGCAAGCACCCCCUAAAGAACGCCUUCUGCCGUCCAGUUCACCAUCAAGGAAUCGAAUCAACUGUGUCAUCCCAAGGCGGUAGACAGUAGUCUCCCUGACUUAGUGUCCAUCAAGUCAACGUUCUUCUAGGCAGAGGAAGGAGGUGUUCUGACCUCAGUGACCCUGGACUCUGACCCGGUCUCUGAUUCACUGGUCUUGUCUGGUGAUUCGCUGGUGCUUGACGAGGAGACCAAUAAGGAGUUGAGGAUGAACCUCCAGCAGCCCGCCCCUCUCAUCCCUCCGGUCCACCCAGACAUCCAGAUGAAGUCUCUCCCGUUCUACGACGUGUUGGAUAUCCUCGUCAAACCCUCCAGCUUGGGUCAGUGUGUCUCUGGAGCCAGUGGUGUUCAGAGAUACAACCAAGAUAAGUACUUCAUCUUCGCCUUGACGCCUCAACAAGUCAGGGAGGUGUGCAUCUCCAGGGACUUUUUACCAGGUGGCAGAAGAGACUAUAUGGUUCAGAUACAACUGAGGUUCUGUCUUUCAGAAACCAGUUGUCCCCAAGAAGACAACUACCCAAACAGUCUCUGCAUUAAAGUCAAUGGGAAGCUGUUCCCCCUUCCGGGUUAUGCCCCUCCCCCUAAAAAUGGAGUGGAACAGAAGAGACCAGGAAGACCUUUAAACAUCACCUCAUUGGUCAGAUUGUCCUCUGCAGUACCCAAUCAGAUCUCUAUAACGUGGGCACCUGAAAUCGGAAAGACGUACUCUGUGUUGGUGUACCUGGUGAGACAGCUCACCUCACCUCUACUGCUGCAGAGGCUCAGGAUGAAGGGCAUCAGAAAUCCAGACCACUCCAGAGCACUGAUAAAAGAGAAGCUGACAGCAGACCCUGACAGUGAGAUUGCUACAACCAGUCUGAGAGUGUCUCUCAUGUGCCCUCUGGGUAAGAUGCGUCUGACAGUGCCGUGUCGAGCUCUCACCUGUUCCCACCUGCAGUGUUUCGACGCAGCCCUCUACCUGCAGAUGAAUGAGAAGAAGCCCACUUGGGUCUGUCCUGUCUGUGACAAGAAGGCCCCCUACGAGAGCCUCAUCAUCGACGGGUUGUUCAUGGAGAUUCUGAACGACUGUUCCGAUGUGGAUGAGAUCAAGUUCCAGGAGGAUGGGACCUGGUGCCCCAUGAGACCAAGGAAAGAGGCCCUCAGUGUGUCCUCAACCUGUAUCCCAAAAAUAGAACCACGUCAGUGUGCGGUGGUCCCUCCCCACAGAGAGCCCAGCUCGACCAAUAAGAAGGCAGACGUGAUCGACCUGACCCUAGAGAGCUCGUCAGAGGAGGAGGAGGAGGAGGAGGAGGACCCUGACCCGCCACUCAAGAAGCGAUGCCUCUACAUGUCCAAGACCGAGGAGGUGCACGCCAAGGGAGUGUUGUCCUAUCAGCCGUCGACAGUGUGCCUGCCAAACGUACAUGCCCUGGACACAUCAUCCUACCUGACGAACUCACUAGCCGACUAUACAGUCCCCUUCCACCACUCCACCCUGUCCACCGUCCCUACGGACAUGCAGGGUCUGGAUCUGUUCUCGCUGAUCCAAGGUGACCCGCAGCAUUACAGAGCUCCCAUGUUCCUGGAUAACCUGACCAGCAGCCUGCAGGGUGCCACCACUAGCGCCGGCCUGGUGUCCUCUUCUAGCCAAUACGACACCAGUUCCCACCUCUUCUCCACCUCUUCUUACCAAACUGGGGUUAUUACCGGGGUAGGGUCCAACAGCAUCUCAGACAUCAUCUCUUUGGACUAAUUCUCUGAUCCCUGUGAGCUCAUUGGACUGAUUGUCUUGUCACUCACAGGAGCCUUCUAUCAGAAGCCUUCAAUUGGCUGUGUCCUGAAAUGGAAUCCUAAUCCCUAUAUAGUGCACUACUUUUGUCCGUACAGCAGAAAGUAGUGCACUAUAUAUGUAAUAAAGUCUGCAUCAGAAAUGGCACCAUGUCCAUAGGCCUUCACCACUGGGACAGACUGUGGCCUUCACCACUGGGACAGUAAAGAUACAUUCCUUUCGCCAGACCCCUGCUUUGUAGGUCAGAGUUGAUGAAAGAUUAAGAAAGUUAGAGGCCCCACACCUAGACUCCGCGUUGACCUGAGGUGGCCGCCUCACCCAUAGACUCCGCACCUGCAGACUCCGCGUUGAUCUGAGGUAAUGAGGAACAGAAGAUUGCCUUUUCUAUUGGAUGAACUGACAUGGAAGUGGGACUGGUUGAUGGUGUGGAUUGUUUGAAACGGUUGUGUGUCAGUACCUAGGAGGAGUCAUCCCAAGGCAGCUCAUUGUUGUUUUACUAACUAAUUAAGUGUUCAAGGAGCAACACUAUGUAAAACCCCAUUGUACGGUACAUUCGGAGUAUUCAUACCCCAUUGAUUUAUUAAAUAUUAUGUUACAGCCUAAA